AAAGUACGAGGCAGAACACGACCAGUGGACAGUCAGGCGUCGCUGAUGUGAGUGUCAGUGUGUACAGUACUCACCCAGGAAUUCAGUUCAUCCAACUAAGCUUCAAGGCACGAAAAUGUUGAUAGCUCUUGCUCUCAGUACCGCCGUCCUGACGCUUGCCGGCUGCACAUCAGGCGCCGUUUACAGGGAGAUACUGCCUGAGAGACAGGAAGCUCCCGGCAAAUGUUUCGUGGAAUUAAGCGCGGGGGAGUCGUACUACAAGGAAAACGAGUGUGUGAAAUACACCUGCCAGCCAUCUUCCCGGGUCGGCUACGUGGAGCUGGUCGGAUCAACGUGUUCGAUGAGAAUUAUAAGCUUCCCUGGUUGCGAGGACAAGCCCGAGAACUUAACACUGAAGUACCCUGAGUGUUGCCCCUCAACCUGCUCCUCGUCACAUGAAAUGAAUCUGUGGUAAAUGCAGCCCUCUUGUUACAUCGAUGUUAUAGUGACAUUGGGGUAUGUCUGUGGUCACAAAUAUAGGCUAUUAAGCAAAGUC